CCGGAGCAGAGCGAGCUCCCGGGCCGACAUGGCGUCGCCGCAGCCCUGCGCGGACGGGCCCUGCUGCUCCUGGCCGGGUGCGGCGUCCGGCGUGCAGCAGACGCUGGACGAGAUGGACUUCGACAGGGGAAUCUGGUCAGCAGCCCUGAAUGGAGACCUAGGCCGAGUGAAGUAUUUCAUCCAGAAGUCAACAGACCCUAGCCAGCCUGACUCAGCUGGCUACACUGCUCUGCACUAUGCCAGCCGCAACGGGCACUAUGCCGUAUGCCAGUUCCUGUUGGAAAGCGGGGCUAAGUGUAAUGCCCAAACCCAUGGGGGCGCCACUGCUCUACACAGGGCCAGCUACUGUGGGCACACCGAAAUCGCACGGCUCCUGCUGUCUCAUGGGUCCAACCCCAGGUUGGUGGAUGAUGAUGGCAUGACCAGUCUGCAUAAGGCUGCCGAGAAGGGUCAUGUGGACAUUUGCUCCCUGCUGCUGGCACACAGCCCGGCCCUGAAGGCUGUCCGGGAUCGGAAGGCACGACUAGCAUGUGACCUGCUGCCCUGCAACAGUGACCUGUGGGACCUGCUGGCCAGCUGAGCUGCCACCUUUCUGUCUCAGACUGCCGUGCCAGAGUACACAGACUAGCCUUCCUGGCCCUGCCUUGGUCAGCAUCCGUGCUGGGGUGGGAAACUGAGGCCCGAAGAGCCCCAUCCUGGCUGCUGUGGAAGCAAGGGGAGUAGAUGCGGCGGAGCUACAAAUGCUUAAGCCUGGACAGAUAAUCACAUUCUAAAUUAGUUCAUGUGGAAACAUCUAUCUGUUUGGAAAAAAAUAAAGUUGUAUCCUUACCUCA